CUCCAGGACUAAUUCUAUUAGCAUUUUGGCAUGAUUCUAGAUUCAGAACAUAAAACAACAUUCAUAAUGCUCCAGGACUAAUUCGAUUAGCAUUUUGGCAUGAUUCUAGAUUCAGAACAUAAAACAACAUUCAUAAUGCUCCAGGACUAAUUCUAUUAGCAUUUUGGCAUGAUUCUAGAUUCAGAACAUAAAACAACAUUCAUAAUGCUCCAGGACUAAUUCUAUUAGCAUUUUGGCAUGAUUCUAGAUUCAGAACAUAAAACAUCCAUAAUGCUCCAGGACUAAUUCUAUUAGCAUUUUGGCAUGAUUCUAGAUUCAGAACAUAAAACAUCCAUAAUGCUCCAGGACUAAUUCUAUUAGCAUUUUGGCAUGAUUCUAGAUUCAGAACAUAAAACAUCCAUAAUGCUCCAGGACUAAUUCUAUUAGCAUUUUGGCAUGAUUCUAGAUUCAGAACAUAAAACAACAUCCAUAAUGUUCCAGGACUAAUUCUAUUAGCAUUUUGGCAUGAUUCUAGAUUCAGAACAUAAAACAACAUUCAUAAUGCUCCAGGACUAAUUCUAUUAGCAUUUUGGCAUGAUUCUAGAUUCAGAAUAUAAAACUACAUUCAUAAUGCUCCAGGACUAAUCCCAUUAGCAUUUUGGCAUGAUUCUAGAUUCAGAACAUAAAACAUCCAUAAUGCUCCAGGACUAAUUCUAUUAGCAUUUUGGCAUGAUUCUAGAUUCAGAACAUAAAACAUCCAUAAUGCUCCAGGACUAAUUCUAUUAGCAUUUUGGCAUGAUUCUAGAUUCAGAACAUAAAACAACAUUCAUAUGUUCCAGGACUAAUUCUAUUAGCAUUUUGGCAUGAUUCUAGAUUCAGAACAUAAAACAACAUUCAUAAUGCUCCAGGACUAAUUUAUAUUAGCAUUUUGGCAUGAUUCUAGAUUCAGAAUAUAAAAUGUUGAUAAUGCUUCAGGUGAUUAAUAAAUUAUAACUGAUCUGAAUUAGUAACUGAAUCAAGUGGUGUGAUUAUUGAUUAUAGGUGAUUAAUAACUGCUAUUCUGUCUUCUCUACUCCACAGAUCUUACAGGUGAAUCUAGUGGUGUAAUUAUUGAUGAUAGGUGAUUAAUAACUGAUAUCCUGUCUCCUCUACUCCACAGAUCUUACAGGUGAAUCUAGUGAUGUCCAUGUUGCUGUAUGUGUUGUUCCUAGCGUACCUCUACGGUAUCCAGGCAACGCACAUGGAGCGCCAGCAGCCCCCGCCCACCCAGGACCCCAUCAACUCCCUCAUCAUCCAGCUGCUGCAGGCGGACCUGACCCGCGGCCGGGGGAGGCAGGGUGAGGGCCAGGACAGGCAGGCCCAGGACACAUUGCCACCGUUGGGCCUGCUCGCCAUUGACACCCCUCUGGACGACAGUAGAUUCCUGGAGAGGCGCAGCUCGCUGUACCAGCCCAGGUCGUCUGACCUGCUGGAGCAGCAGAAACACUACAACUCUCCCCGGGUCCUGCUGAGUGAGCGGGCGCCCCUGCAGCCUCCUCCGCUCUACUCUAUAGAUGACUACGUGGGCAGCUCUGACAGAACCAACAAGACCCGCAGGAAGAGAUACGCAGAACACAAGAGUUACCGCGGGGAGUACUCCGUCUGUGACAGCCAAUCACAGUGGGUGACAGACAAGACGAAUGCGGUGGACAUCAGGGGUCGUCAGGUCACCGUCCUGGAUCAGAUAAAGAUGGGAACCGCCGAAAGCAACUUUGUUAAGCAGUACUUCUAUGAGACCAAGUGUCGGACUGCCAAACCUUUUAAGAGCGGCUGUCGCGGCAUCGAUGACAAACACUGGAACUCGCAGUGUAAGACCUCUCAGACGUACGUCAGAGCUCUGACGCAGGACCGGACCUCUGUGGGCUGGCGCUGGAUACGGAUAGACACUUCCUGUGUCUGUGCGUUGUCACGGAAACACCGCAGGACGUAAACACACAACCCGACCAUAGACAUUAUGGAAUAUAUUUCCUUAUUGUGAAGGGGGGCUGUACAUAUAAAUUAUUAUUUAAGUUAUGUGAAAUACAUGUAGUUUCUACAUGGCUAUAUAUGAUAUAUAAAUAUAUUUGUUAUUUAUUGAAGUCAUCAUCAAAGGAAAAAAUAAAUAAAAAAAUAAACCAAGAACUCCUAACAUGCGGCUCCACAGCCACCACACAGCCUAGCAUCUUCAGACUCAGACCAUGGAGCUGGACAGUACAGCCUAGCAUGGAGAGACUCUACCAUGGGGCUGGACAGUACAGCCUAGUGUGGAGAGACUCUACCAUUGGGCUGGACAGUACAGCCUAGCAUGGAGAGACUCUACCAUUGGGCUGGACAGUACAGCCUAGCAUGGAGAGACUCUACCAUGGGGCUGGACAGUACAGCCUAGCAUGGAGAGACUACCAUGGGGCUGGACAGUACAGCCUAGCAUGGAGAGACUCUACCAUGGGGCUGGACAGUACAGCCUAGCAUGGAGAGACUCUACCAUGGGGCUGGACAGUACAGCCUAGCAUGGAGAGACUACCAUGGGGCUGGACAGUACAGCCUAGCAUGGAGAGACUCUACCAUGGGCUGGACAGUACAGCCUAGCAUGGAGAGACUCUACCAUUGCGCUGGACAGUACAGCCUAGCAUGGAGAGACUCUACCAUUGGGCUGGACAGUACAGCCUAGCAUGGAGAGACUCUACCAUUGGGCUGGACAGUACAGCCUAGCAUGGAGAGACUCUACCAUUGGGCUGGACAGUACAGCCUAGCAUCUUCAGACUCAGACCAUGGGGCUGGACAGUACAGCCUAGCAUGGAGAGACUCUACCAUUGGGCUGGACAGUACAGCCUAGCAUCUUCAGACUCAGACCAUGGAUCUGGACAGUACAGCCUAGCAUGGAGAGACUCUACCAUUGGGCUGGACAGUACAGCCUAUUGUGGAGAGACUCUACCAUUGGGCUGGACAGUACAUUCUAGCAUGGAUAGACUCUACCAUUGUGCUGGACAGUACAGCCUAGCAUGGAGAGACUCUACCAUUGGGCUGGACAGUACAGCCUAGCAUGGAGAGACUCUAC